AUGCCUGGACAUGGCUGGUCUAUCGGCUUACUCCUAUCGACAGCACUUCAGUUUGCGACCAUCAACGCCGCUACAUUCACGGGAAAGUCAUACACGCCCGUGUAUUCUGUUCAUCCAAUGAAACAAAACACCAGCAGCGUGCUCAAGAUCGGCGUGCUCGGGCAAUUCUCGGCUCCCUUCGUUCUCCCGAGCGGACCAUAUCCUACUCCAACAGACCAGUUGGACGCCAUGAUGCUGUUCUACUCUGUGCAAGCCGCAGCUGACAUCAUCAACGAACAAAACGAUGACCUACCGGGAGUCCGAGUUCAAAUUGAUACCAUCGACAUCUACAGCAGCGUCUCGCUUGCUGCACAGGGGCUCAUCUCGACGCGGGAUGCCAUUGCGACCGAGGAGUAUGCUGCAUUCAUUGGCGAUACCAUCAGUCGAUUGGGUGACGAAAGCAGUAUCAGCGGAGAGUCUUUGAUCUCGGGCCAGUUUAAUUUGCCGAUUGAAGACAAAAUCAAUUAUCCGACAGCCUUUCGGCCCCUGCCCACAGCCGAGAUUGCUGGAGGAAGUAUCGCUGACUGGGUGUACGCCAUGGGCUGGAAACGGAUCGUCUUGGUGGUGACGUGCUCGUUCUACGAUGACUAUGGGCCAAUAUUCUAUCCGGGAUUCAUUCAGCGCGCGGCGACCCUUGGCAUUACCAUCCUGGACACCAUUUAUGUGUUUUGCGACAACAGCGAUGCCUAUUUGAAUGACUGGGCGACGCCACUGCAGAGGCUCAAGCAAUCCAAUGGAAGGAUCUUUGUCCUGUUGACCAACUGGACCGCAGCAGCCCUACUAUAUUUGCAGUAUGUCUGGUACAUGGCUGAUGGCAUAACCUUUGAGUUCUUGAACUACGCUCUCUCGAGCCCGGAAAUACAAAACAAAACAUUCAACCUUGGAAGAGCACUCGCGCCAUCGGAUGUGAAUCCGUUCUUCUCGAUAAACGGCCCCGUGACCACCUGGCCGAGCAACCAGAUGUGGAACAAGUUCAACGAAACGUGGUCCACUUACAAUCUUGGGCCGCUGUGGACCCCAUUAGUCCCUUGGACCGGGAUGCCCCUCGCUUUCGACUGUGCGCUGGCUCUAUUCUACGGCUUUGAUAAGAUCCUUCAAGCCGACCCAUCCAUCACCCUUGACACACUCAGGCAAGGCCAUUUGCCUCGCAACCUCACCAGCCCCUCGGCGUUCUCCACGGGCCGCCUGGGCUCAAUGGGUACACUGAGCUUUGAUGAAUACGGAGAUCGAUUGUCGGGUGGCGUGUACGCUUGCCUCGUGGCAGGUGCAGGAGAUGACGCUGUCUCGGUGCAACAAUUCACCAUGUCAUCGAACUACAGCCGAUCGCCGGAUUUCCCAGAGUACUUAUAUUCUGCAAACGACAUCUGGGCAAUGUACUAUCUCAACAACCUCUCGGUCUCUGCCAAUCUUACUGGUAUAUAUGCGCCACCUGCAGACUUUCCUACUAUCUCAAGUCUCAACGAGGAAAUCAAAGCUCUCUGGCCAGUUGUCGUGCUGGCAUGUGUGGGCAUAUCCGCAAGCUUCCUGGCUCUAGCGUACAUUAUUCGAUAUCCCGAGCGGCCUCGGGUUCGAAAAACAAAAACUCCUCUGAUCCAGCUUCUGCUUGGAGGCAUCGUCGGCUACUCAACGAUAUUCUGCUUCAUCGGGCCUCCUAGCCUGGCCAUAUGCAAGAUUCGACCGGCCGUCAUCAUCCUCGGCUACAGCCUGAGUGUGGGGGCCCUGAGUUCGAUGACAUUUGGUGAGCAGCUCUAUCGCACUUGGCCCUCAGAGCAUAUCGAUUCGGCUGCCGGCUUGAACAGCAGCUUACCCAUGUGCAGCAUUCGCAAAAUCGCUCUCAGCAUCAAUGAGGCGCUUUUCCCACAGGCGCCAUUUGAUUUCUAUAUCGACCCCCUCAACGUUUACACAUACUGCCAACCCGAUUUCACAAUCAACCCGGUGUUUGCUGCUCUCGCCAGCCUAUAUCUGGCCAUAUCUGUAACUGGGUUCUAUGUAAUGGUGCAACUGUCGCGGAACCCAAACUUCCGAGCCGAGCACCAGGUGGUCAUGCUCUCGACGGGGCAAAUGGUGCUGUUGCCCAUCCUCCUGGUGCCGCCGCUCUUCAGUCCUCAGUUCUUUGGCGUACACGUAUACAUGCGCAUGGCCAUAAUGACAUUUAUGCCAACAGUCAUCGUGGCCCCGCUCGUCGUCGUCAUGCUCCAGUUUCCCAAGAAGCAAGUUGACGACGAUGCUACAAGCUACUCCAAGAUUGCCAAAGCCUAUCAGGAGUCGAUUAUGCACGGGAUGGUGUACACACACGUCACGAUCGACUGCUUGGCUCCACGAUCAAUGCGCCUCAGCAUCGCGAGAGGAAAGAUUAUCGUACUCGAUGGAGAGUAUCUGUUGAUGAUGAAUGGCGGCCAGAGUGUCGAAGAUACCAAGAAUCGGCUCGAGGAAAUCAGCGGAAUGUUUGCCCAGUACGAGCCGGGGGACACGAUGGUGUUGCUGACGGCCGAGUCGCGAUUCUAUGAGCUGUCGUUCACCCGCUCCGAGACCGCAGACAGUUUCUUCAAAUUCCACUUCCGUAGAUGAAGCGCAUCCAGCCAAGUGAUGGACCCAGCUUGCGCCAUCACAGACACCGCCACCCAGCGCCAUUGCUGAAUAAAAUGCACUUCAAGCUGCACCUGGGG